UUUGAUGACGCGUAAAUGAUAUACGCAUGCUUAGCUUUGGCACACUCUCUUGACCCAUUCAUUUUUAUUGAAGAGGUAAUAUUGCAAGGAGUGCAGAUAGCUCAAGCAUUUAUCAUUUAUUGUUCAAGACAAGAGAGCUGGAGAAGAGGGAGCCGGGCUUCAUUGGGCAUCACUUUGCAGCUAGACUUUGAACUCUCCAUUGGAAGCAAACUUACGUGUCCCCAAAAGCCUGCCUCUCAUGGCACUCCAUCCUCAUCAUUCUGUCCACGCGGUUUGGUCGAACCUCUACACCAACUGUCUCCGCUCCUUUCUAUCAACUUCUCUUUUGAGAACCGUCGCUCGUUUAUGCCAAUUGCUGCCACUCAAUGCGCUCUCCUGACCUUACCUAAUGAAAUCAUCCUUGAAAUACUGUCAUAUUGCUCCGUCGAGACCAUUCUCAGCGUUGAAAGCACGUGCAAAACCUUACAUCGAGUAUGCCAAUCACGCCCUGUCUGGCAAAUGCUCAUGAGGAAACUCGAUAUCGAGCAAGCGCCAGAUAUCAGUCCAUUCCAGACUAUCGAUUCUAUCCCAGACCUUGACUUGAGAAGGAAAGUUGUCGACGCUGUGCAUAAGUAUCGGACAUGGAACACACCAGGACAAGUUCCACCAUUGCGAUCCGUUGAACUGCCGCUUCCUCACAUCCAGGAUGAAAGGAUCAUCAAAGCGAGACUUCUUCCUGGCGGGAAUGAGCUACUUAUAGCUAACUAUGGCGACAUAGAACUUUGGUCGAUUGAGUCGCGAGAACGUCUCUGGAACAUCCCAGCUCCGGAAGAACACAUCGUCAGCACUGGCUUCGAUUACGAACUCCUGAAUGACGGUUUGAUUCUCGUCGUUGCGACAGUCUGCGAUGACGUUGUGUUCCCCUCAACGAGUCUCCUCCGCCUGUAUACUUUUGACUUCGCGCAGCGCUCUGGGGAGCUUGUUUUUGAGCGCAGGAUGCCGCUCGUGUCACCAUCCCGUAUAAUGCUUCAAGGUGACUUCUUCAUCUCUUGCAUCCCACGUAGCUUCCAGACUGUUAUCGUCAAUUGGAGAACCAGUGAGGCUCUGAUACUCGACUUCGUCGACCAAACGGGCCUCCGAAUUGAUGCACGUGCCAAGGUACUCGCCGGCAAUAACUUAAUUGCGUUUGUGCAACAGGCAGAGUCCGGUUUCUGUGCUGUCAAGCUCCCAUUAUCGAUGCUUAGGGACUUCUGGUCUGACGCUGUGGAUCAUCAUGCUUGGCAGCACAUACCAUUCCGUCCAUCAGAUCCAGGUUACUCCAUACUUCCUCUUCCAUAUAAUAGGGAACACGAAGAUCCUGAGAACGGAAGUGCAGGUUUUGGCCCAUGGAUCCUGGCGCAUCACGUCUUCACGCCUACGUGGCGACAGGACGCUCCGACUGAGAUGUUCGUCGUCGCAUACAUGUGUGGACCUGGAGGACAGACUCCAAUGCGUCUCGUCUCCUUUCGUUUGCAAUUGUCCCCCUCUAAUGAUUCAACGUCUGAGGGCGAAGGUGGUUCCCUUUCGCUCGUGAAGUCGAGCUGUGCCCCGAUUGCUCGACUACCUCGGAAUCCGCGAAAUGUCUCGAACGCCGGUCUCAUGUUCGGCCUACGGCGUCAGCUCCAGUGCUUUUCUCUCUUCAACGAGCGUGAACAGCCAAUCAACUCGGCGUGGCUCGAUCCCGAAAUAGCACCGUAUAGUGACGAGAUUGAACCGAAUAUCUCGUCUGUUGAUCCUUGGAGCGGCGCUAUUGCGGUUCGCAUGCCAGGGAUGAUGAAGAUUCUGUAUUUCGAUUAGUUGGAAAGUUGCAUUGGCUCUCAAACACUUUGUCGUGUUUUCGGGUGAUUACGGGGAUGCCAUGCGAGUAGAUGCUGUUUAUUCUCCAAAUAGUCACAGCUAAAAAGUGGAAACGGAGAUUGUAAAUUAUUACCAGGGUCGCGCACGGCUGAUAUCCUUAGACUUUGCAAUGGGCAAAGUAAGCGUCUUACGUCGAUGUGACACAAUACACUACGUUACCGAGUGUCAACAGAGCGACUCCCUUAACAGAAAGCUGGAUUGAUUGCAUUACCGCUUCGAUGCAUUAACAAUGCUACAUCAUGGAUCCCUGGUCGAAUUUAUUUUCGCGAUUUUCGUUCCUCCCCCAAGGAGGUGUUAAUAUUGUCUGCGAUCUUGGGAGAGUAGUCAAAGCCAAAGAGACUCAAGAAAAG